AUGGCAUUCAAUUUCGGAAAAUCCAACAAUUGGACCAUUGCGGAGAGGAGCCGCCGGGACCAUGGACCGUUCGUCAUCCCGUUUCCCAAAUCCAGCACCAGGGAGCAAAAGCCGUUUGGCAUAAAAUUGUCCGGCGCCUAUCGAAUUGAUUACGAACGGGUUCAGAUUCGCAUUGCCGCUGCGCAGCAUGGUCUUAAGGUCCUGGUUGAGAAUGGCGGACAGGUCGUCUUGCGACCGGGCUCUGAUGCAAGGGCUCAAUCUAUCAAGGCUCUUUCGGACGAUCUGGAUUCCAUUUAUAAUCGUUUCUACAGCAAGCGAUUUCCAACGCCAAAACGUCGGCCGGUGGGAUAUAUACCUGUACUUUGGAACCAUCCUCAAAAGAUCCAGCAGAGGAUCCCGCGGCACAGAAAAAUUGUGAUGCGUGCUUUUGCAGAUCUUGCCAAAGUCCUCUCCUUCAAACAGCGGAGAAAGUUGGGCCAUCUGCAGCAUUCCCGUCCGGCAACGUUGAUGACUGAGCGUGACAGGCUUGUUGGGUACAUGGAAGAGCUGGGCAAUCUACGAGAUCAACCCGCGAGUUCCCUCGAUGUGUCAAUCCCAGGCCUCGCGCAAGACGGUGCUGGUGCCUAUCCCCUUGUGGCGGAUUUACGGCCUCACGACCAAAAGGUCCUUUGUGCCAUGUUCUCUCGGCUUCGACAGAUAGCAGAAACUUCCGACGAAGUAAUCGCCCGUCAGAUCAUGGACUACGGGAAGAAAACGGCCGUCAAAGAGGUCAUCAAGCAAGUAUUACAAAAAUCACGAAACAAGGAACGGUUCGAUCGUGAUAACAUCAAGGCACUGUACAGCAAAUUAAGGGCAUCUUCGCAGCCCAAGUUGAACUCCCAACACACCUUGGACCUCCCGCCUAUCUUUGAACGAGGGAACAGUCCGCUGCCGAGUCCGCGACGUUGCACGCCCGGCUCUAUGUAUGACAUUGUUGAUCAAUCAAUUCUCAGGGCCAAGCUCAGGAGGAAUAUUCGGGAGAUGACCAAGGAGCCGGAUCGCUGGUAUUAUCGAACUAUGAGACGAUACAUGAAGAGCUCUCGGAAGAAUCCGCUUGCGUUUGGAAAGAAUGAUGCGGAUUUUACUGCAGCUGAGCUGAAGGUAGAGCUUACUGAUGCAGAGGCUUUUGCUUUGAUUGAUGAUAUGUGA